AUGGCCCGCCUGGACCAAGCCGGGUCAAGAAAAGUCGAGGCCUGCCCAACCCAUCAUGCUAAUCGAUUGGCCCGGCCCGAUACAUCAAUCUGUUCUGUGCCAACAACUGCUACAUGGAAUAACACGGCCCGUACAAUUCCAUUUGGAAAUAUGUCGGCGACUGUCUUUAUCGAUACUUUCGAUACAGCUUACAUAGUCGAUUUUGCUGGUAAUCAAGUAUUUAAAUUUUUGAAAGGUGCAACCAAUGCUACUGUCAUUGCGAAUGCUACUGAACCGACGGAUAUUGUUGUUGAUACAAGUGGAAAUGUCUAUAUUGCUCAAGGACCUUUGCCACAAAUUUUGAAACUAUCGACCAACGGUACUCUAUUAACAUUUACAAAUGUCAGCGGAUAUGGGGGCUCAUGGGGUUUAGCUAUUGAUUCAAGCGAUAACAUUUAUAUAUCGGACUACGAUGGUAAUCGUGUACUAAAACUCUCCUCGACGGGAAGUGGUAAUGGAACGGUUGUGGCUGGUGGAAAUGGAGCAGGCAACAGUUCAAAUCAAUUGAAUAAUCCUAUUAACAUUGCUGUUGAUUCCAGUGGAAGUCUCUAUAUACUUGACGCUGGAAAUGCACGAAUUCAGAAAUGGUUAUCGGGCGCUACGACGGGCACGACACUGAUAACGGGACUACUGGCAGCACAAUCUAUUAGAGUCGAUUGUAACAACUAUCUUUAUGUCACUAAUGGUUCAAAUAUUCUCCGAUUUCCAUCUAAUUCUACUAAUGGAACAGCUGUAAUUUCGGGACUAAAUUUUCCAACAUCAGUUAGUUUUGACUCGGGAGUAAACAUAAUAUUGAUUCGGGAUGCUUAUCACGAUCAUCCAGAGUCUACGGACUGGUUUCGUCUUAUGCAUCAGUAUUCAUCUACUGAUGAUAAAAUUUGGAUGUAG